AUGUUUUAAAUCUAAACAUGGCUGAUACUUCGACCUAACUUAUCUUUAUCUUGAUGUUUCUUGUUUCAUUUGCAGAAUCGUGAGCUGCAGAUCAUGAGGAAGCUGGACCACUGCAACAUAGUCCGCCUGCGUUACUUCUUCUACUCCAGUGGGGACAAGAAAGACGAGGUGUACUUGAAUCUGGUUCUGGACUAUGUUCCUGAGACGGUCUACAGAGUGGCCAGACACUACAGCCGAGCCAAACAAACGCUGCCCAUGGUUUAUGUUAAGCUGUACAUGUACCAGUUGUUCAGGAGCCUGGCUUACAUCCAUUCGUUUGGGAUUUGCCAUCGGGACAUCAAGCCCCAGAAUCUGCUGCUGGACCCAGAGACGGCUGUGCUGAAGCUCUGCGACUUUGGCAGUGCGAAGCAGCUCGUCCGUGGAGAGCCCAAUGUGUCCUAUAUCUGCUCUCGCUACUAUCGGGCCCCAGAGCUCAUCUUCGGAGCCACUGACUACACCUCCAGCAUAGAUGUGUGGUCAGCUGGGUGUGUACUGGCAGAGCUGCUGUUAGGACAGCCCAUCUUCCCUGGUGACAGUGGGGUGGAUCAGCUUGUGGAAAUUAUAAAGGUUCUUGGUACUCCGACCAGAGAACAAAUCCGUGAGAUGAACCCCAACUACACUGAGUUCAAAUUCCCCCAGAUUAAGGCCCACCCUUGGACUAAGGUGAGUCAGCAGGUCUUCCGACCUCGUACGCCUCCAGAGGCCAUCGCCCUCUGCUCUCGCCUGCUGGAGUACACGCCCACGGCGCGCCUCACCCCUCUAGAGGCCUGUGCACACUCCUUCUUUGAUGAGCUGCGUGACCCCAACAUCAAGCUGCCUAACGGGAGAGAGAAGCCCUCACUCUUCAACUUCACCACCCAGGAGCUCUCUAGUAAUCCCUCACUGGCCUCCAUACUCAUCCCUGCCCACGCCCGCAGCCAGGCUGUAGCCGCAACACCAACCAACGCGUCUGCCAACACAGAUGGCAGCAGCACAGAGCGGGGUCCCAGCACCACCACCGCCUCCGCCUCGGCUUCCAACUCCACUUCCUGAGCCCACAGACCUCACUUGUCCCCCGCCCCGGUCUCAGCCCCGGCCCACAGCCUCUCCAUUGCGCCCCCUGGCCAGGGGGUGAGCUGCCAUCAGCUCUGCUCCUGGCAGCGGUGCAGCGACGCUAAAGCGGGCCCGGGGCUCAACAGCGACACAACAGCCCUGAGACAUGACCACACAAACCCAAGCCCCCCUGACCUUCCUCUCUGCUCCCCAGCUGUCUGAACUCUCCGUGCUCUUUAACAGUGAAAUGUAAGGGCAGAAGCGUUGAUGACUACAAGUAUACUGUACAGGUAUACUUGCACAGUUAGCCUCCUUAUAUUUGUAAGAGGACAAUCUGUGGAAAAAAAAAAAAGAAGCCCUUUGCUGUUCCCCUCAGCCCCUCCUCGACUGUCCCUACCUCUCUGUAUCGUACCACAUCUCUGAAUCCUCCUCCCCCUCCUCUGGUUCCUCCUGUAGUGCAUGACCCGAGUACAGUAGGAUCAGCCACAGAGGGGGGGGGGGGGUGCCCUGCCCUUUCAUCUCCGCAGACAAGGCAUGAGGCUCACGCACGUGUAUUACACACAUUCAGACACACCCACAUCCUCGCACACCUUGAUGCAUGAUGAUGAUGUCCGUUAGAAAAAGCUCAGCAGAUCGGAUGAUUUCCUUCUCUUGGAUUAGUUUUUAAUUGGUUAGCUUGUUUUUAUUUUAUUUUUACUUUGGAUUCCCAGGCAGUGUUUUCUGGUGGAGGUGUGCAACGGGUGUGACGUGUAUCUGCCCCUGUGUGCUUGUAUAAUAUAUACAUACAGUACAAACAAGCAUACACCCAGUUUAUAUAUGACUUUUCUUUCUGUACAAAAAGUAUAUAUAGAUAUAUGUAUAAUAACUACAAUGGUUCAGAAAUCAUUUAUGUUGAGCUCAUAUCUGGCAGUGUAGUGGCAAUAUUUGCUGCUGCCUAUGACAGAUGUAGAUGCGGUGACGUUUUGUUUGUUUUCUCUGUUCUUGCUGGAAGAGUCCAGCAGGAGGUUCUGUCCUCCUUCUAGUGUUAAAGGCUGAUUUCGGAGCACCUGCGUUGCUCCUUUUUGCCUUGGACUCAGUAACAGUGUAACAGAGCAGCGUCUCGACAAAACUGUUCACCUCCUGCGUGCAUCCGCCUCCUCCUUCCAGAUGAUCACGUUUAGUUCAUUUAUUUUUUUGUCUGUCAGUGAGCGGCGGCGCUCUGUACAGUGUUAGCCACCCUUCAUCCUUACAUUACAGUGCACAGAGAGCUGCUCGGUACAGUUUUUACCUACCAAGAACAUUCACUACAAUUAAAAUAAGAAAAGAAGAAAAAAAAACUGAAUUUGUAUAUACAUUAUAAAUGCUCGUCACCAAAACUCUGACUUGUAUGUCUUGUAUCUUAUGUUAUGAUUUUUUUUUUUUUUUGUCUCCCAUGUUGUGUUUAAGGUAUGUAUAUAUGCUGACCCAUGUACUGUUUAUGAGCAAAAACAAAAGAGUUGGGAAAGAAAAAAGAAAUAAAAAAAAACAGGGCAGAACUGAUAUUGUUUAUGGAUAUUGUUAGAUGACGACGAUGAUCAGCUUUAUCCAGCCAUAUGUUCAACCUUACCUGUACAGUACAGUAGAUAUCAGCUGUAUUAUUGUAACAAGAACUAGUCAUGUAUAGUGUAACUAUAGUUUGGAGUGCCUUUGCUUUCAUACACCUUCGCCUUGUCUCCUCCAUCACCCCCUCCCUUGGUGUUGUGACCCUCCCCUGGGUGCUGUUGAGCCUCUACCUCCUCAUUUACUCCCAUUUGUCAUCAAAAACACUUCAUGCAUCAUAAGACGUUAAUUGUAAGGAUUUAUUUUUUCCUCAGCUGAAAAUACAUUAUAGACAGGUGUUUAUUUUGAUGUUUUAUCCGAGGCACACAUGGACUGAUGAGGCAGCGGGAGGCCCUGUUUACUGUACAUAUAGACUACAGUAGAGACUCCAUAUCGCCAUCAGUGUUGGUUCUGUUACCAAAGCCAAACGUUGACAAAGUGAUGAGCCAUCCUCAGAGGCAAUAACUCUUCGUUUUGAUUUGUCCUCCCUGUUGUGACAUUUCUGUGUCCUGUUUCUCAUCUCUGGGCUGCAUAUCUUGAAAUGUAAAGAUGGGGGAGGGGUAAAAAUUCAGUAGCACCUAAGGGGGGGUCGAGUCAUGUAGCCUUUCUCCUCAUCGUCUGCUUGCUGUAAUUUUUGCAAUCAUGGACGUGUUGCUUCCCUCCACCUGAAGGUUUGACCACUUGACCCCCAACCCUGAACACCCAGUUGAAUAAAAACAAAAUGGUAACCAAAAAGAGAAAAGCAAGUAUAUUUACUAGUAUCGUACGUCAUACUAGCAUAUAUACUGGUCCUAUACCUACUGGGUUUAAUGGGGUUAAAGAGACACAAAAGUAAAAAAUACUACAAAUACAUCCUGUAUAACAGUAAUGCUACUUGAAUGCCUCUGUUUGUGACUGAAGUGUUUUAUUUUUUUGUUUUGUUUUCCUUUUGUUUCUGUGAAGGUAUGCUUAAUGUGCGCCUCUGUAAAUAUUCCCUCUGCGUGCUCCGAGGAAUAGUUCCCUGGUACUGUAAUUUGCAACAAAUAAAGAUUAGGAUAGCCUGGAAAUGA